GAAGUGGAUUAAACCACCAAAGAUUCCCGCAGAUUCGUUACCGUUUGUCCCCAAUGCUACCAAACGUGCUCCCGCUGACCUAACAAAAAAAAAAAAAAAAAAAACCCGUGUUUGAACACUUUCGUGGGAUACUUGGGCCGAUAAUGCUGGAUGGUUACGCUCAUGAAAUUCACCAGAGACAUAUGCAGGCUGUUGGGACUCGGGAGCGGCCCCCCUGUCCAGCAGCAGGAGGAGCAGAUGGACUGUGGUGCCGCAACCCCUGACCCAAGCGAUGAUGCCACUUUGUCACAGGAUGGAAUAAAUGGAGAGGAGGACUUGAGCGAAGAGGAGAAGGUCAGACAGAAGGCAGAGCGACGCAAAGCCAAGAGGAAGCGCCGUCGAAAACGUAAAAAGCAGGAACAGGUUAAGCAAAACGACAGUGCUGAACAGGAUGAUGAAGAAGAGGAUGGAGGUGCAGAGUCAGAGCUGGAUGAAAGUGAGUCAGAAGCAGAAGCUGGUUUUGAGGAGGAGAAACAAAGCGUGCAAAAAGAAGAGAAAAAAGAGGCAAAGCCAGCAGCCUCAAACAAGUACGUUGCCACUCCAGUCAUGGCUCCUUCAGGAAUCAGAGGACAUCAGAAGACCCAAGCCAGAUCCACUGAAGAGGAGCCAGAGUGGGAUGUGAGCAGUGCCUUCUUUGCUAAUGCUGCUAGCCAUAUCAAACCCAAAGGAUCAACUCGCAAGUCCAAAGAAAACAAGGAGAAUGAGGCCAAAAGAGAGACAAAUGGAACUGACACCAUGACCAAGAAGAGCGCGUCACUGACAGAAAAAGGGAUAAAGCUGGUGCAGGAGGGCCAAUAUGCACAAGCAGUCAGUAUGUUUACAGAAGCCAUCAAAUGUGAUCCAAAUGAUUACAGGUUCUUUGGGAAUCGUUCUUACUGCUAUUACUGCUUGGAGCAGUACCCUCAGGCCCUGACGGAUGCUGAACGCUCCAUUCAGCUGGCUCCAGACUGGCCCAAAGGACACUUCCGCAAGGGCAGUGCUCUCAUGGGUAUGAAGCGGUACAGUGAGGCAGAGAAGGCAAUGGAGCAGGUGCUGAAACUGGACAAAGACUGUGAAGAGGCUGUCAAUGACCUCCUUAACUGCAAAGUGCUACAGUUAAUGGAGCUUGGUUUUGAAGAAAUGCAAAGUGUCCUACUGCUGGAGAAAUGUUCCACUGUGCAGGCCGUUCUAGCUUCUUGUUCUGAUGCUGCCAGAGCUGGGGUCCAAGAUCCAUCAGUUUUACAACCAGGAAGUCCUUGCCCAUCGCUCUGGGUGGGAAAUGUGACAACUGAGUUAACAGAGAAACAUCUUUGGGACCUUUUUAAAAUGUACGGUGAGAUAGAGAGUAUCCGUGUGCUGCAUGAGAGAUUCUGUGCCUUUGUCAACUUCAAGAAUGCAAACAUGGCUGCUCGUGCCAUGGAAAAACUAAAUGGUUAUUGUAUUGAGAACACACGUUUGGUGGUUCGCUAUCCUGACCGUCGCACUCAGAGGGUCCUUCCCAUUCCACUCAAGACUUGUCUCCCGGUCACACAGCAGGCGGGGGCUGCUGCUGGACCUCGAAGACGUGGGCCAGUGAACGGAGACGAGUGCUACUUCUGGAGAACCACUGGCUGCCAUUUCGGGGACAAAUGUCGCUACAAACACAUUCCUGAGCAGAAAGGCAAGGACAGGAAACCCUGGCAACCUUGAAAUCAGUUUACACUAUGCCUCAGUAGUGUACAGGAAACUGGGAUGAACCGACUGUGCCAAUGGAGCCGGUACUUGCUGGACCAGGGUCUCUGGGCUAAGAAUAAUUACUGUGGCAGAAUGGACCAGAAUAGUCAAAGCAUCGAAGCCAGCACUGAGGCUGUAACUGAGGGAUGGUAACACAUGUGCCACCAUGGAACGGGAACAUUUAGGUUUUAUUUUCAACCAGACUUAGUCGUACAAGAUUAUCCAGAGGGGAGCAACAAACUCGCCUGGUGUCAUCUUUGUUUAAAUGAACACCUUCAUAUUCUCAGCCCCUUCAUGUCAACAUGGUGAUCUAUUUCCAUGUUAAAGGAUACAACUUAACAUCUUGAGCCUACAACAUCAGUAGGAAGUGAAAUUGCCUUGGUCCAUUGCGGUAAUGAAAGGACUUUCUGUUAUCAUGUUUGGGACCUUUUCUCUAGAAAUUCCAACACAAAGCAGUGCUCCUCCCCAUUUUAAAGAACGGUAAAUUAACCUUUUGGUGCAUGAACCAUUUUAACAGUUGCGUGUGUAGCUGUUGUUCACAGCUGCUCACAACAGGCCACAGUUAAUACUGGGGCUACUUGUCGUUCCUGUGCCAAUAUCAGCACAUUGUCCACCAGACCAAAGACUUAGAAAUGGGCGUACUUGACAUUUCAGUACCUCCCCUAUGCAGAUUAGUUAUUUUUUUAAGGUAAUAAGCUACAGAGACCCAUAUGUGUGCCUUUAUACUGUGCUAUGUAGCCUUAGUUAAAAUGAUUUUACGUGGUAAAUGGAUCUAAAAGUCACAACUGGACUUGAAGGAUUACAAAAUUGUAUAUAAUAACGGAUUGAUUAGGUGUAUAAUUCACUUCUUUUACCAAUUGGCUGCCCUUGGAAAGACUGACUAUGCUCGCUGCGUGUCUGUUCAGUUGUUAUGACAAGUUAAAGUGUCCUUCAAAGCCAUACCGGUAGGGUGUGGUCGAAGUAAUAGCAACACCUGACAGUAUUAUGCAAUCCAGUAAAGUAGAAAUGCUUUUGUUAAGGCUGUAGCGCUCAGUUUUUGGUGAGUCUGUGUCCAAGAGGUAUUGUUUUAUAUUUAGGACAAUUCUGAAGCCAUCAUUUUUGGCUUUGAUCUUCUGGAUGGCAUGAAGUUUCCAACCCACCGUAUUUCCAGCAUGUCAGAUUUUGUUGUUUUGUCAAAGCUCCUAGAAUCACAAGUUGUCCUUUGAUUGACCUUUUUCCACUUAAUUUUGUUUUAUUUUGUGACUUGAGUCUCAUUUUUACUUGCUGUUUGGUUAAGGUUAGGUACCAAAACUACUUGGUUAAGGUUGGAAAAGGUCGUGGUUUGGGUUAAAUACACCCUUUCACAGCAUUAAUCAUGUGUUACAAUGCAAACUUCUUGUAACCCGAGAAGGUGACACCACCAGACAACAUUUGGCUGUGGACUCAUCUAUUUCUGACAUUCAGGGAUUUUUAUAGGUCUAUCAAACUACCCCAUACGUUAACAAGUGACGAUAAAAGGUACCUAGCACGUUCAAAUGUGUCGUCAAAGGGACCUGAAAAAGUGGCAAUACGUAAAGAGUUGGUUAUGAGACCAGACUCAAAUAUCAGGUGUGAAGUGCUUCUCCCUGCUUUGUGGACUGUAGGAGAGCUAGUUACAGCACUGAUCUGUUUGCCCAACUCACAUGAAGAGCCUUCGUAAGUGUUUAUCUCAGCAUUAGAAUAUUAAUCAUGAUUUCUCGACACAUUUGCGUUGUAAACAUCAAAGUGCUUUGUGUCUAUGCAAAAGAAAAGUACCGAAAUGUUUGUCAGUUUUGUGUCAGACGUACUCACACCUCCCACCUUUGACAGUCAAUCACGUGCACUCACAUUCACAGCAAUGUGUUUAAAAUAAUACACUUCCAUUUUUUGACCCUUGAGAAGCAGUGUUUAUGACCGUAAGGGCCUCCAUUUCAGUAUUUCAGUGAACUGAAGAAUCUAAUGGCUCUGCAUUGAAAACCACCUCAUUCUUUCAAGAGUUUCAACACUAGACAGUGCAUUAAAGCCCAUUGGCAUGUGUUUGUAUCAUCCACUAGACAACAAUUCCAGCUGGUUUAAGUCCACACUACAUUCACUUGUAAACUAUGCACAGCAUAGUGAAAGUAUUUAUUUUCCUAUUUAUACAUGUUUUUUUUCUAUUUCUUUUUUUACAACAUACCUGGGAACUGAAUUCACCUUUUAAUUUACGAUUCAUUUUGUCUUUUCACUUUAUGGUAAGUUAUAGUCAUGUACUGCAAAUCAGAACUCCCCCCCCUCCUCCUUUCUGUUUCCUUUUUAAGCUUUAAGAGUCCUAAAUUACUAAGAACUGUUGCAAACACUGUCACAUGCUGCACUUCUGCUUUUCUUGUAUUACUUUCUGCCUUGUGGCUAAAACUUGUGAAAAAAAAAGGAAUUAGACACCAAACCUAAAGGCUGCACUUGCUGAUUUAACAUACUCGCUUUGUUCUUAGAUGACUGGUGCUGUUAACUAUGGUUUCACAGUGCAUUUAAUUUUGUAGACUUUUUAAAUGUCUUUUAUUUUAACACGGCAUAUUUUUAAAAAAAAACAAUUUCAUUGAGCAAAACUUUCAAAUUCUACCGACAUUUUCCCUUCAAUGUUUGUCAUUUGGUUUGUUUUAGUCUCUUUAUCCCGUUUCAAACUAUUCCAGGAAAAUGUAUUUCUAAUUAUGAUGUAUGCAUUUAUAACCAGAGCACUGCAAUCCUAUUAAUCUCAAAUAUUUUGUAUUGUUACUGCACUGCAAAAAAAAGAGUCUUUUAUAUUUAAUAAACAUAUUUGAACCAUC